AUGGCGCAGGAUGGUUCCAUCGGAUUUCCAGAUCCACAGCCCUUUCCAAACGACACCGUCGGCAUGCCCUAUUUCUUGGUUGGAGAUGACGCUUUCAGCCUUAGCGAGAACAUGCAGAAACCCUAUGGACAUAGAGUCCUGACAAGAGACGAAAGCAUCCUGAACUAUCGGUUAUCCAGGGCUAGGAGAGUAUCAGAAAAUGCAUUUGGGAUUUUGGCCAACCGAUUCCAGAUACUUCUCACAAAGAUGAACCACAACCCAUCAACAGUAAGACUGAUUGUAAAGACAUGCUGCAUUCUCCACAACUUGAUGAGGAUCAGGUACCCCACCAUGCACUGGUUGACCAUGAUGAUAGAAGAGGCGAUGAUCUGGUUCCUGGGCAAUAGAGAAGAGGUCGCAACUUGGAGGAUACCAGGCAUGUAA